AUGCAGAAAUGCAAGGCAAGAGAGGAUACAUACGAAAUGCUGCCUUCCUAUGUGGCUUCUCUCACAGCCUGUCCUCCUUCCUGCGCUCAGGAGCACAAAGACGACAAGGGGCACGAAGAUGAGGCCGAGUACGUGCCGGCCUUUGACCAAGACUGCGAAGCUGGCAAGCUCCAGAAUGACAACAGCAUCAGCACGGAGGAGACGAUGGCCACAAGGGCCCACCGCUGGGUGAUGGCAAUCAUCAUCCUGGCUUUCUGUCUCUUUGUCGCCAUGAGCAUUGGCGUCCGGGCCUAUGCCACCGCAACCAGGCAGGCUUGA